GUGCGCGUGCGCCCCGUUGCGCGGGCAGAACGGUUUGCUAACGGCUCGGCGGUCCAGUGCGAGAUCUGCGGGUGUGUUGAGGCUCUGAUAAAAUGGGGAAGACUGCUGGUGGGAGAUCAGCAAAAAAACCAGUUAAAUCACAAAAUCAACCAGGGCAUUCCAGCAAGAAAAAGGGAACAGAUACAGAAGGAAUAAAACAAGGUCAUAAAGGAAAGCAGGUCACUCAGGCAGUCAAAAGGAAAGCUGAAGAAGACAGCGACUAUUCCCCUGCAGGAGAAAAAGGUUUUUCAAAAAAAGUGAAACUAAGCAGUGAUAAAAUAGGAUCUUGGAAGACUCUCUCAGAGAGCAGGAGGCAGUUUCUGGAAACUGUAAUGGAUUCAAUAAUACUAUCUAUUUUGUGUCAACAAAGGGAGAGAAAAGUUGAUGUUCAGAAGCAUCUCAAUUUACUGAAGGAAAGAUUGCUGAGAUGUUUCAGAACUUUAAAGGUGCCUCCACAGAAGCUGGGCAGCCUGAAGAAUCUCUCAAGCCUUCAGAUGGUGGAGAAAGAAAUGCUAAAGGCAAAUGAAGAGUUUUUGGUACGACUGCAGGAAGAAAUAAAUGAAGCUAAGCAAUCAGCAGACCGCAGGGAAGAAAAUACACAGCAACUGCAGUACAAAAUCCAGGUGCUCAAGAGCCACUUAGAGGAAGAUGAAAAAAAGGCCAAGAAGGUAUUCCAGGAAAAUGUCAGUGGAGCACUCCAUCUUCCAGAACUCCCCAGGCGCAGUUUACAGGCACCCACUUUGCAGGAAGAAAUUUUGAAGAUGGAAAGUCAGAAAGGUCUUUUAAAGGAUAUGAACGUUAUUCAGCAGUCAGCUGACUUGAAGAACUUGUUAACCCUCAUUGAAAAGACCUAUGAGAAGGUGGACUUCCUCUGAAAGACCUAUAUAUA